AAAAAGAGAAAGUUUCCAAGAUGGCGGAGUAGCCUUGCCUGUCCACUGGAAAACAAUAGAAGCAGCACUGGAGGGGCAGCGUAAGCCCGUUUUAACUGGACAUAAACGCUCGAAAAACAUACAUAUCCCGACUUCGUCUCUGUCAGGUGGGAAGGAAUAUCCGCACCAGGAACCUCGGGAGAAAUUAAUAUAAAUAACUAUGCUUUAUUUAGACGUUUCGGGCUAGCCACUUAGCCUCCUCGUCGAGCUAACGGUAGCCCGUCUAACCCGUAAAGCAUAGUGUUAGCAGCUAGCAGCUACAAGGAGGCGGAGGAUCAGCUGUUUGCUAGACAGAUGCUGUAGGAAGGAGCGGAACGGCAACGCUUUCACAGUAAGUGAAUUUAAAUAAGAUUAAAUCACCUGGAAAGUCUUUUCGCUUAUUUUCAAGUAACGUGUUGGAUAAACACAAUCGGUUUUACUGGCUGAUCGAUCGCUGCCAAGUUUGUGAAGUUGUUAGCAGGCAGCGCUAGCCCGCUAACUAGCUCGUCUUGUCCCCGCUAACCAAGCUAACUACUUUUUAAUACCCGAGCAAAAAUAAAAGUUUUGGUCAAAGUGGAGAGCCGUUAUGAUGCUCCCACGGACAACUGCGUUAUCCUGAACUAACACGUGAACGUGUGAGCUAUAGGUCGACGCCAGCUGCUUCAAAAAAUAUCCAAUUUAUUAUAGUUUUUAAGGGAAUUCUCGACGCUCCAACUUUGAUUUUUUUAAGUGGAGGAAUGUUGCUAACCUAACUUAGCUCAACGGCAGUUAGUUUGAUAGCGAGCGAGCACACCUUUUCAUUUAUUCAAAAAUGGAAGGAGUGUCAUUUUUAUUAUUCACUUAAACCAGCGGGCUUUGUGUUGCUUUUUUUAUACCGCAGAGAUUAAUCAGAUUUUUUCCACGCGAUUUGGGGUUAUACUCGGUCGUAAUGUGGCUCUAACAAGACACCAGAUAUGUUUCUUUACGCAUCCAUUUAAACAAGCAUCAAUUUCUAAUCCAUACAUAGAGCAAAGUCGGGAGGUGGUGUCGCACACAUAAACCUCAGUUAGUGUCUUCGGUAGUGAGUGCGGCUGUGACUGAAGGCCAUUAGCAAGACAAAGGUCGCCUCCAUGGAGCCAGCACAGGAGUCUUUGUAAAGGCGGAGGGGGUGCAGGGGGGUCUAUAGACGCCCAGAGUAGGAGCCGAGUAAUUCAGCGUUUUAUGGACAAAACCUGAGUCGGAGUUUUUUUUUUUUUUUUUUCUUCACAAACACUACUACUACAAAGUAUUUUAUAUUGAUGAUGGCGGAUUUUGUUACACCGCGACACAGCGCGGUGAUGGAGAGGCUCCGCCGGAGGAUCGAGCUCUUCCGGCAGCAUCACAACAGCUGCGAGAGUCGCUACGAGAACGCGACGCUGGAGCGGCUGGAGCUGGAGAGGCAGCAGACCUUCGCCCUGCACCAGCGCUGCCUGCAGGCCAAGGCCAAGCGGUCCAACAAGCACCGCCAGCCGCAGCCCAGCGGCGACCAGGCCGGACCGAGAGCAACGGGUGGUGCAGGCGGCGGCGGUGGUGGUGGUGCAGGCGGCGGCGGUGUUGCAGAGCUCGUGGAGAGCGGAGGGACCACGGCGGCGGAGCAGAGCCGGAGCAGCACCCUGAUAGCGCUGCAGGAAACGGUGAAGAGAAAGCUGGAGAACGCCGGCUCGCCCAUCGGCCGAGAUCAGGGCAACGGCUUCAGUGACUGCUUCCCCCCCAACAAGAAGGCCUGCCGGGACAACGGCUCCCCGCUGGACUCCAAGCUGGGCCUCAGCGACGCCCUGAACUCCAACGGGACCCACGCGCCGGCCGGGGAGUCCGCAGAAACAGACUUCCACUGCAAGGAGAUGAAGCAGGAGCCCGACGACAUCCUGCCCAUCAUGCCGCCGCCGGGAGGAGGCAGCAACAGCCUGUUCCCCGACCUCAACCUUAACGAGCAGGAGUGGAGGGAGCUGAUGGAGGAGCUGAACUGCUCCGUGGCCUAUGAGGACAUCCAGGACAUCCUCAACGACGGCUUCGAGGAGGACCGCAAAGACUCACUGGUGCCGGGCGGUGCUGGGGCAGGCGGAGGAGGCCAAGGAGGAGGAGGCCAGUCUUCCCAGGGUCUGCUUCUUCCAGAUCUGGUCAGCGUGAAGACUGAGUUCUCCCCGUCAACUGUGGCUUUUGAGCAAGACUCACGCACCGGCUCCCCCCACGUCAGGUCUGCCACCUCCGGGCCUCCUCCUCCUCCUCACCCCACCAGCUCCCCCGUUGCCUCGGCCUCGUCCCCGGCUCUGCCCCUGUCCCAGACGGCCCCUCCGCCUAGGCAGCAUCAGCCUCCCCCCAACCACCAUCACCCUCCGGGCCCCCCGGUCCCUAAAGACCUGUCCCCCGCCCAGCAACUCCAGCAGCUGGCCGCCCAGCAGCAGCGAGCCCAGCACCUCCACGGUCAGAUGCAGCACAAACAGCCGCAGCCAGGAGCAAAGUUCCACAGCCAGGGGCCCCACGUCCACCCCGCCUCAUGGCCCCAGAUGGCCAACGCCUCCCAGAGCCCACUAGGGGGCGCCUUUGGUAUGGAUAAGCCCACCAGCCCCUCCCUCUACCCGCAGGACUUCAACUCCCAGAAGCAGUUGCUGAUGCCCGGUCAGCCCAACAAAGGUCCCCCCAAGGCGGGGGCUGGCAGCUACAUGCCAGGGCCCGCCGGACACGCCAACGUGAUGGGUCACCCGACGCCGGGGCCGCCCAUCGGCCACCCGCCGGCGCCGGGGUCCCAGUCCUCGGCCGCCAUGUUGAACUACAACAACACAAAACCUCUGUCGCACUUUGAGGCGGGGCCAGGGCCCCCGCGGCCCCCCAACACCCAGAACAACGGCAAGGCGGCACUGCUGACGCUGCUCAGGCAGCAGCAGAUCAAACAGAAGAACAGCGUGAACUUCCGUCAGCACAUACCGCAGGACCAGAACUCCUAUCCGGCUCCUCCACAUGGCCCGGGCCCCGGCAGCGCCAUGACGUCGGUGCCUGGAAAUAACGGCAUGGCUGCCCAGUCGGGGUCAAACGCCAUGUCAAGUAACCAUGGCAACGCAGCGUACCUGAGCAGUCAGGCAGCGGCGGCAGCGGCGCUGAAACAACAACAGCAGCAGCAGCAGCAUCAACAGCAGAUCCUGGAGCAGCAGAAGCAGCAGUACCUGCAGAGGCAGCAGCUGAUGGAACAGGAGAAGCAGCGGCAGCAGGAUCAGCAGCUGCAGAGACACCUGACUCGACCUCCUCCACAGUACCAGGACCAGCCGGGGCAACCGGCCAACCAGAACCCUUUCCCACAGCCGCCAGUCAACCAGUUUACAGCUUCCUCUCAGCCAAUGGGCAGCGUCGGGUCCAUGGGAGGCCCCGCCCCCGGGUCCCAGCGCAUGUUCCCCCAGAACCAAGGCAUGAUGGGUAUGAACAUCGGUCCAGGCAGCGGGCCGUCGGGCGGCGUAGCUCCGCCCCCGACCGGGAGCCAGGGCGACAUUGGUCUGUCGUCUUGCGGCAGCAGAGGAGGCGGGGCCGGUGUGGACGUGCAGCAGGUGCUCUACAACAACAUGAACCUUCACCCCAACCACCCAUCACAUCCAUCUCACACACCCCAGCAGGCCGGCCUGCAGCGCCAGCCUCUAGGCGCCAUGAGCGCCGCCUACAGGCAGAACCUUCUCGCUCAGCAGCACCUCAAAUCACAACCCAACGCCGCGCUAUUGAAGCAGCAGCAGCAGCAGCAGCUGGCUGCCGCCCGCAUGCCAGGCUCCAUGCAGAGCAGCAUGCAGGGAGCCGCCAUGCCUGGCGGCAUGCAGGGCGCUGCCUGGCAGCAGCAGCAGCCGCCCUCCAGCAACGCCGGCCUCCCCCCCAACGCCUUCCAUAUGCAGCAGCAGCAGUCGCGCAUUCCGAAGAUGCCACCAGGUGCCGCGCCCUUCGGCACCAACCCUAGCGGGCGCCCGAUGGGCGGGCUGAGUGCAGCGCACCAGAUGAUGCAGACCAACAUGGGAGCGGCGCAGCAGCAGAGGGCGCCGCCCAACCUUCAGAACUUGGGCCCACCGAUGGCCGCCCAGCAACAGACUCAGCAGCAGGCCAAUCAGAACCAGACCGUCCUGCCCGACCUGGCGGCCUUCGGGCCGCCGCAGGGCAGCGGUCGGCAGGGGCUGCAGUGUAACCAGGGAUACCAGGUGAGCAGGACUGCCAGUCAGCAGCAGCAGCAGGUGUCGUUCGGGUACAACGUGGCGUCGGGGAGCUUCGCCGGAGAGAGCGAGCUGGUGGACUCGCUGCUGAAGGGUCAGAGCACCCAGGAGUGGAUGGCCGACCUGGAUGAGCUGCUCGCGGGCCACCACUAGCUCGCCACGCACACCUGUCUGCACCUGAGAAGCCCUGCUGAGCCGAGAGGCCCCAAAGACGAGUUUGGGAGGAGGAAAAUACAAAAGUAAAAGAAUUCAACACUGUUGUGUGCCGUGUAAAAAGUAAAAUGUCCCAACGGGAAGUCUGCCCGUUAGCAUUAGCCACACGGCUAACAAGGUCUGAGCGCUAAAAAAACAAAGAGGUAAAGAAGUGAAGCUGUCCUGAUGUGAAGAGACGUCACGUUGUCACAUUCUCAUUGUUAUCAGAGUGGAGUUAUAUCACAGAUAUAUAUACAUAUAUGUACUGUAUGUGUAUGAACUAGAAGCAUGAGGGAGUUUGUUUUGUCCAGUCGGUUAAAAAAAAGGGUUUAAUUUCCUGCAUCUGGAGUCCAGAUGUGCUUCAUCCUUUGAUCUUAGGAGAACGGUACCGGGCAAAAAAAUCUGACAAUUCAAGGAUGAAUGGCUGUUUUGCAGAUUUGCACACAAGGUCAAACAGGAAGUUCUUUUGUUAAUAUAGUUAUUGAGGGUGUUUAAUUCUAUAUCAUGAUAUAAAUUACACUUGUUUUGGAAAGUUUCAUUUUGGUGAAUGAAAUGAGUUUUUUUUUUUUUUUUAAUUAUAAAAAGUCACCACUAAAAGUUUACCAAACAUAAAGAUAUUAAACAAAACUUCGGCAUAUGUUGCAUAAAGUUACGUCUCAUUUUGAAAAUCUAAAAGAAUACCAGUUUGUUUCCACCUCGUGUGUAAAUCUGCACACUGAUGUUUGUACUUCCUUUUACACACUGCUGAUGUUUUGUGUACUUCCUGUUGCACACUUCCUGUUGGAGGCUGAAAGGAGGAGUUGUGUUAAGACUACUGAGCCAGCGCCCCUACAGGCCGCCGGAGACGCUCUGUCAUGGGUUUGAUGAAGCGAACUCACUCUGAUCGUUUUAACACAUUUAAUGUGUCACUUUAAAGAAGCACAGCGGCGUUUUUGCAUCUUUUACUUCCGUUGACUACAAAUCAAAAGUACUUAUUUUCAUUCUUAAAUUAUGAACUGCGAGUUUGUGUAUCUGGUUAGCGUUAGCCGUCUGAACGGCUAUGCAAAGGAGCUAACGCUAACACAGAUUGCAUCGAGCUAUGAUUUGAUGCGUAGUAGUAUUUUCUUUUUCUUUUUUUACAUUCUCACACGUCCAAUAUGCGAACGGAUUCAAUUUGUGAAUUUAUUAUUUUUUAAUAAGAACCUCAAUUAAAUUAAAACAAAUCUGUCAUUUUGACAUUUAUAGAUUCCGUUUAAAAAUCCACAUUAUCUCUAAAAUGUGGAUUGUUUAGAAAUUUGUCAUCUUGGUCUUUUUUCUGUUUACAAAAAACAAAAGUAACUGAGUUGGUUCAUUUUCAUACGAGAGGGAAAUAUUUAAAUGUCUAAAACUACAGUGUGUUUUGUUUAUGGAUUAUUUGUUUACGGCUGCUGUGUGUCUCUUUGACCUUUCUGGAUUUCUAAUUCCGCUUCUAGUUGAAUAGAUCUUUAUUUCAGCAAAUAAUGCGUUUCGGAAUCCCAUCGAGAACUUCACUGAAGUCUUUGUCGCUUCUAACUAAAAGUAAACGCAGUAAAACCUGCAGAAACAGUCGCGUGUUCCUUUUUGCUCUCUGAGGUUUAAGAGCUUGUGUGAAGAACACUUUGUUUGAAACGUGAAGGAGGAGCCCGAGCGACUCCUACUGGCUUCAAGCCCUCGACCCCUUUUCAUCUCUAAGAGCUCAUUGUGACAGAUUUACUUUAUAAACCUGUGUGAGCAUUAAACUGCACAUCUGGUCCCGCCUGAGGUCUCCAGAUGUUUUCUUCUCUAAAGUCUUUGUGACUGAACAUUCUCCCGUAGAUUUUAGUGUAAACGGGGGAAAUAACGGUUUGGGUUUGUAACCUGUUGGGCAUGUUGUGCUUCUCUUAAUGUGAGGCGGCGUUCUACCAAAUAUCAAAAUGACUCCCACAGUGGAAGAAAACCUGUUUUUCUUUACAAGCUUCCCAAAUUCUAAACGUUGCGGUUUUGUUUCCUGAAUCUGACUUUAAAGAGUAAACGCUACUUUCUGUCGGGACGCUGAAUUCAACAAGUGUUCCUCUCGUGGUUCUUAUUCGAUAAGCGUAAUCGGGCCUUUUUGUCUCUGACCCGGCGGAUCAAUCUACUGACUUUGACUUCAAAGAGUUUGUUUAUUUUAUUUGUAAUGUUUUGUAUAUUAGGCCUCCAGCCUGGCUCCGCCUCCCGGCUCUUCUGACCGUGUAAAUGUCUAUAAAUAUAUUUUUUGUAUGUAUGUAUGACUUUCCUAUUGAUCUGCAGAAGAUAGAUGUUAUUUUUAUAUAUUGCAGCGUUUUUGUAAGUAUUUUAUACUUUUGAUAUGGUUCUCUGUAAAACAAGAGUAUUAUGUAAAUAUAGUUCUUUAGAAACAA